AUGUCCGCAGGAACAGAGAACAGAGACUACGAAGGGGACUCCUUCCAUGACUCUUCGGAAGCCCCAAAUGCCGUUAAUAACCUUUCCCUCUCGAUCCCUCAGAGCGCUUCGACUCGAUCCCUGACGGACAGCCCCCCGAGCGCUUCUAAUGCAACAUCACCGCAGUUCACAGAGGCAACCCAGCUCCCACGAACCCCUGACGACGAUAGUAAGACUGAUGAUGAAUUUCAUGAAACUGGUGCAGAUGGACAGUCUGAGGCUGAGGCUACUCCCCGCAAACAAAAACUACAGAAGUCCCCCUUGUUGACAGCACAUCGGCUUUCCACCUCAUCUCUGGACGAGGUGAAUUUGACUGGCAACCUCAAUAAUGAUGGUUCUCUUGAUCAUUUCCCGUCCAACCAGGAGACCGAGUUAGGCUCCCCUCCUGCUUUGCCAUCCAGGGACUCCACCUCCACGCAGAGCUCUCUCCUCCAGGGGUUAUCCGGCAGUCUCCCCUCCGUGCCAUGGGCUCCUCCACCACAAAAUAAGCACCCACCCCCCGCCGCACCCCCACCGCCUCCGACUCGAAAAAUCACAAGCCCUUUUGCCUGGCUUUCUCGGGCUUCUACGGGAAGCAAAGAUGCUGUACAGUCAGGGCGACGGAACACUGCUGCUUCAAUCUCCACGAUUGGUAGCAAUCCUGACAUUGCUGGUCGAUCACAGGACCUAGAAGUGGAUGGCUCAAGCGUAGGUUCCAGAAAGCCCCAGCGAAAUAGCUUGAAGGACCAGUUCAAAUUGCUCAGGAUGCGUGAGGAAGGGCAUGGCCCGGAGACUGAUGAAGCAAGUGUUGCGUCGGGACGCACAUCGGGCCGCGCGAGCAUCAGCCAUUCAGUUGCGAGCCCUCCCAGUAUUCCUGAGGAAGGAGAGAACGAUGUUACGGCCGCGCUUCCAGCAGUUUCACCUUCUACACCGCCAACCUCAACAGUCAAUCCGAAUCUCCCGCCGGGAACCGUAUCUGGGGUUUCGGCAUCUGCGAGUGACGCAGCUGCACCCGUGGACUGGGAGCUUUGGCAGCAACUGGUAAACGAAGGACCACAGGUUCUGAAAGGGACAAAUUCUGAAGAGCUUAAUGCUGCUAUCAAACGAGGAAUUCCGCAGACCAUUCGCGGGGUCAUCUGGCAGAUCCUGGCGGACAGCAGGAACCUAGAGCUGGAAGAAGUUUAUAAGGAACUUAUUGCACGGGGUACGGAUAGGGAAAAGUCGCGGGCUAAUGGCAUGGCCAACGGUUGCGCAGAAAGAGACUCAGCCGCCUCUUCACGUUCGUCUACGCGAUCAGAGCGAUCUAUCUCUGCGGCACCAUCGAACAGUAAUUCAUCUCCCAGCACUCCCCACGAGCAGGAUCCUGAGAAGUUGGCAAAAGAACAAGUCGCACAGGAAACGGCUAGGAAGAAGAAGGCGAAGGAGGACGCGGCAGCGCUCCAAAAGCUCCAGAAACUUGAGAAAGCGAUUCGACGAGAUCUGGGUGCGCGCACGAGCUACUCCCGUUACUUCGUCUCGCAGGGCAACCAGGAAGGCCUUUUCGGGCUAUGUAAGGCUUAUGCUCUAUAUGAUGAGGCUGUGGGAUAUGCCCAAGGGAUGAACUUCAUUGUCAUGCCGCUCUUGUUCAAUAUGGACGAGGCUGAAGCUUUUACCCUACUGGUAAAACUCAUGAACCAGUACGGUUUGAGGGAAAUGUUUAUCCAGGAUAUGCCUGGCUUACACCGUUGCUUAUACAUCUUCGAACGGCUACUUGAGGAUUUCGAGCCUGCCCUGUAUUGUCAUUUACGGCGGCGGGGAGUCCACCCCCAGCUCUACGCUACUCAAUGGUUUCUGACCUUAUUUGCCUACCGAUUUCCGUUGCAACUGGUUCUUCGAAUAUACGAUCUUAUUCUCGAAGAAGGCUUGGAAAGUACUAUUCUAAAGUUUGCCCUUGCAAUCAUGCGUCGAAAUUCAGAUGCUCUUCUGGCAAUGAAGGACAUGGCACCUCUGACGGCAUUUUUGAAGGAUCGAUUGUUCGAUGUAUAUAUCGAUAAACAGCCCACCCCGUCAUCCAUCCUCGAAUCAGGGUUCUUUGGGUCAUCAGGUGCUGCGGACAAGGAGAUUUACCGUGCCGACAUUAUGGUCCAGGACGCCUGUGAUAUUCCUCUUGACCCAGCGACAAUAAAUGCAUACACUGCUGAGUGGGAAGAGAAGGAGCGUUCUGAAAAAGAGCGUGAAGCCGAAUUGAAUCAUCUGAGGCAUACCGUAGCUACGCAAAGUGCUCGCAUCCGUCUUCUAGAGGAGCAAGCAGAGGCAUCCGACAAGGAACACGUUCAGCUUGCUUCAGAGGUCGUCCAUCUGAAGGUUGAGAACGAAGAGCUUUCUGAUAUUAACGAUGCUUUAAGAAUGCAGGUGAAAGAGCUUAAAAUCGUGGUUGAUCAACAGCCCGCAGAGGUGGAACAGAAACUACAGACUGAAAUGGACCGCAUUAUGAAACGGAAUGUCGAGGUGCAGAAUGAGAAUCGCGCUAUGGUUGAACAAAUGGCCGAGAUGGAGAAGGAGCUUGUCGCGGCUAAACUCAGUUACGCAGAGAUCCAUGAGCAAUACGAAGCUCAAAAGCAGAAGUGGAAUGACAUUCGCAAGGCGCUUGAUUAG